ACGCUUUAUCAGUGACUUGGAGGUGCGGACGUUAGCCUCCUUGUGCAGCUGCUGCUCUGUGCAGAAAGAUGGCUCGCUAUUGGCUGCUGUCUACGUUUAUACCUCGGAGCACUUCCGCGGCAGGGGAAAUAUUUUUCAAUUUUAGUGCAAUGAAUUGCCUUGAGCCGGACAGUAGUGGUUCCUACCAGUGGGGACGGCGGGAUAGGAUUUAUACACGAUAAGGUGUUAGGAUGGACAUCAUCUCUGCGCAUGGGGUGAAGAUUGACUAGCCACACUGUCUCAAACUAAUCAAGUUUUCCAAACACCGGGUUGGAUUUCAAAGUCUUUCUUUUUCGUGACCAAAACAAUGAUGUUUUUAUUGGUAGUUAGUUUAUUUUUAUUGAAGAGUCCAUGCACGGCCGUGCGCAAUGUGUACUCUAACCACUGGGCAGUGCGCAUUGCAGGUGGUCCCGGGGAAGCGGACCACAUUGCCGCUAAGUAUGGAUACACCAACUUAGGACAGAUAGGAGGCCUGGAGGACCACUACCACUUCCACCACAGCAGAGUGGUGCGGCGGGCUGCCUUCGCCCUCAGAGGAGACCACAGCUUUAUCCACAUGGACCCCAGGGUGGACUGGGCCCAGCAGCAGCUAAUAAAAGCCAGAGUGAAGAGACACGUCAGCCCUGAUCCCAACGCCAUUCAUUUCAAUGACCCAAAGUGGGCCAAUAUGUGGUACAUUGGAUGCGCCAGUACCAGCAGCAACGGAAACAGCAGCUGUCGCUCGGGGAUGAACGUGAUGGGCGCGUGGCAGAGGGGCUACACUGGCCGGAACGUGGUGGUCACCAUCCUGGACGACGGCAUCGAGAGAAACCACCCAGACCUCGCCGAGAACUACGACCAACUGGCGAGCUACGAUGUCAACGGCAACGACCACGACCCCACCCCCCGCUACGACAAUAGCAACGAAAACAUACACGGGACAAGGUGUGCCGGGGAGGUUGCAGCUGUGGCCAACAACUCGUACUGCAUCGUUGGGAUCGCCUUCAACGCUCGCAUCGGAGGUAUUCGCAUGCUGGAUGGAGACGUGACAGACUUAGUGGAGGCCAAGUCCCUGGGGAUCCGGACGGACUACAUCGACAUCUACAGCGCCAGCUGGGGCCCCAAAGACGACGGCAAGACCGUGGAGGGCCCCGGGCCCCUGGCUAAACUGGCCUUUGAGAACGGCAUCAAGAAGGGUCGCAAGGGGCUGGGCUCCAUCUUCGUGUGGGCGUCGGGGAACGGCGGUCAACAGGCGGACCACUGCUCCUGCGACGGCUACACCAACAGCAUCUACACCAUCUCCAUCUCCAGCACCACAGAGAAGGGGAACCGGCCCUGGUACCUGGAGCCGUGCAGCUCCAUCCUGGCCGCCACCUACAGCAGCGCAGAGUUCCACGACAGGAGGAUUGUGACCACAGACCUGAGGCACCGGUGCACAGACGGCCACACGGGAACGUCUGUCUCCGCCCCCAUGGUGGCCGGCAUCAUCGCCCUGGCUCUGGAGGCCAACCCUCUGCUCGGCUGGAGAGACGUGCAGCACCUGCUGGUGAAGACCUCCAGGCCCGUCCACCUGAAGGCCUGUGACUGGAAGACCAACUCCGCUGGACACAAAGUCAGCCAUCUGUACGGCUUCGGCCUGGUGGACGCUGAAGCUAUGGUCGUUGAAGCCAAGAGGUGGAGGAGCGUUCCUCCCCAGCACACCUGCCGCGCAUCUGAACGGCACAUCAAGUACAUCCGGGCGGGCCAGAGUAUGAACAGCACCAUCAGCACCUCCGGCUGCUCCGCCGAGGGGGCGGGGCCUGGCGUGGCGUACCUGGAGCACGUGGUGGUCAAGGUGCUGCUGCUCCACCCACGCAGAGGCGAUCUGGAGAUCGAGCUGGUCUCCCCCGCAGGCACGCGCUCCCAGCUGCUGGCGAGGAGGGCCAAUGAUAACUCCAACGAGGGCUUCAGGAACUGGGAGUUCAUGACGGUCCACUGUUGGGGGGAGAGAGCCGAGGGCAACUGGACCCUGGAGAUCAGAGACGUGCCCUCUGCGCGACGCAACCUCGAAGUGCUUGGUAAAUUUAAAGAGUGGACACUGACCCUUCACGGCACAUGGGAGCACCCAUACCAGUCCCACGAGGGCCAGUCCUCCCAGUCCAGGACACCAGAGGUCCCCAGCCCCGGUCUGGUCCCCGGAGACCCAGCUCAGGCCCUGUCAGGCCCCGAAGACCUGCAGGAGGAUGAGUACAACGGUCCGUGCCACGACGACUGUGCACACCAGGGCUGCGAUGGACCGGAUUCGGACCACUGCCUCAACUGCAUCCACUUCAGCCUGGGCACCUUGAAAAGCGGCAGAACGUGUGUCAGCCACUGCCCGGCGGGCUACUUCCAGGACCCCGCGGUGCGGCGCUGCAGACGCUGCACCCCGGGCUGCGAGCAGUGCUCAGGGUGUGGCUCCGCCCAGUGCCUGGCCUGUAGGCGGGGCUUCUACCUCAACGGGCUCAACUCCACCUGCACCCCGGCCUGCCCCCCCGGUUACUAUGGGGACGACGGCCAGGGACGCUGUCUGAAGUGCAAGGAGUCCUGUACGAGCUGCCUGACGGAUGCGGACCAGUGCACCGGCUGCAGAAAAGGCUACAGGCUGGCAGGGAUGACGUGUGUUCUGGAAUGUGGCUACGGCUCUUUCUUCAACUUGGAGAACAUGCAGUGCCUUCCAUGCCAGCCCUCGUGUGCAACAUGCACAGGCCCAGGCCAGGGGGAGUGCAACCAGUGUGCCCUAGGCUACCAUCAGCAGGAGUGGCUGUGUGUGCAGCACUGCUCAGCGGGAUACUACUCCAGAGAGCCUGCUAGGCUUCGUGACAAGAUGUGUCGCAAGUGCGAGGACAACUGUGUGAGCUGUGAGGGUCCGGGGGCCUCCUGCACCCAGUGCAGAGAGGGCUUCAGCCUCAUCAGCAGGACAUGCCUCGCUCAGGGCACGUGUAACAACGCGGACGAGGUGUUCUGUGAUAUGGUGAAGUCCAAUCGGCUGUGUGAGAAGAAGUUGUUUCGACAGUUCUGUUGCCGAACCUGCCUGAUGACUGGCUAGAAGGGUCUAUAUAUAAACAGUAUAUAUUUAUAUAUAUACUUUAUGCAUAUAUAUAUAUAUAUAUAUAUAAGCUAAUAAUGCUAUACAUGGUUAUGUAACCUACUUCCAAAACCUGUUGAUCUUGAAUGGUAUAAUUCAGUCUUUAAAGAUGUAGGAUUUAUAGCCUUGAAUUGGUUUAUAUGGAGACCAAGGUGAUGGACGUCAUGUUUUGUAAAAACAUUGUUUCUUUGAGGAAAGUUUUGUCUCUUCAAGUGGUGACAUAUGGUUUAUCAUGAUAUAUUUUAUGAAACAGUGUGGCGAGACUGUAUAUUUUAUACUCAAACACUGCAUAAGAACAAGUAGGUGCUUUUUUACAUGCAAGAAUGUCUAUUAGAGUCACUCAUUCCAUCCAAUCCAGGAGAUCUGUUACCUAUCCAACAAUGAGGAAUUCAGUUCCUUUUCACUGACAUGCUAAUUAAAUAAACAAUGUACACCAAAACCUACACUGUUACAAAUGUAUGUAUGCUAAUAUGCAUUUUGAAUGUCUUAAAUUUUUAUUUUCAUAUAUUGUCUGCAUUUUGUAUAAUUUCUGUGUUUGGUAUGUCUAGAAUAAAGUAAUUAUUGAUGUGA